AUGAAGUUCUCUGCUCAAAUUGCCGUUGCCUGCCUCAGCGCUGGUGCUUUGGCUCAUGUCGCACCCCGCGCUCUUUCCGAUUUCCAGCAGGUCCUCACCACUGUACAAACCGAUGUCGAUAAUCUUGACUCGGCCAUUAACGCAUUCACCGGCAAUACUGCGCCAGUGCAAUCGGCCGCCACCACCCUCGUCAACGACAUCAACAGCGGCAACAGCCAGCUCUCUGGCCAGCCCGUCUUGAGUCUUGCUGACACCUUCACUCUCAACAACCAGGUCACCUCUUUCAAAAACCACGCCAAGACUCUGGUCACUGACAUCAAGGCCAAGCGCCCUACUGUCAUUUCUACUGGCAACUGUGGGCUUGUUCGGGACAACGUCAAUGCCAUCAACACCGCCGCUGGGGCCCUGAUCCAGACUAUCGUUGCCAAAGCCAAUCCUUCGGCCAAGAGCAUUGCUGAAGGUCAAGCCAAGGACAUCCAAGCCAUUCUUGACGAUGGCAAGGCUUACUACACCACUGCCAACUGCCCUUAA